AUGCAUCUCUCAGCUCUUGUUGUCGCCUCGUUGGCGUCUGUAUGUCUCUCAGCUCCUGGUGCGAAUGUGGAGCAGCAACCAAUUGGUGCUUCGGAGCCCAACAGGAUCGGCUCAACAUGGACCAAAGAAUUGAUGUCGCUCCACCGUCAUCUCAUCUCGACUGAGUCCAUUAGCGGCAACGAGUAUGAUGUUGGAAAGUGGCUGUCUGAUCACCUGAAACAUGAAGGAUGGACAAUUGAGACGCAGAAGGUCAACAACGACAGCUCUCGUCUCAACAUUCUUACCUACCCGGGCAAGGUUCGCAAUGCCGACCUACUCAUCUCAAGCCAUAUCGAUACUGUCCCUCCAUUCUACCCUUACAAGAUAUACUCGAAUGAUUCCGAGACUAUGAUCUCGGGACGCGGCAGUGUGGAUGCUAAAGCCUCUGUCGCUGCUCAGAUCAUCGCUACCAAGAAGCUUUUGGCCGAGAAGAAGCUAAAGCCCGACGAUGUUGCUCUUCUCUACGUUGUUGGUGAGGAAGUCCACGGCGAUGGUAUGCGUGCUGCCAAUGCACUGAAAUUGACACCCAAGGCUAUCAUCUUUGGUGAGCCCACUGAGGGCAAGCUCGCAACUGGUCACAAGGGAAUGCUAGGCUUUACUCUGAAUGCUUUUGGAAAGGCAGCACACAGUGGCUACCCAUGGCUUGGUCGCAGUGCCAACGAGGUCCUCGUUCAAUCGCUUUCUGCACUGAUGCAGCUCAGCCUUGAGCUUCCCAAGAGCGACAAGUACGGUUCUACUACCAUCAACAUUGGCAAGAUUGAAGGAGGCGUCGCAGGCAACGUUGUCGCUCAAAACGCCAGCGCUCAAAUUGCCAUCAGAAUCGCAGCCGGAACACCAGACGAGAUCGGCAAGCGUGUGCACAAGGCCAUCAAGUCUGCCACUGACGAGUUCAAGACGCCCGGUCAUGAGGACGAAGACAUGUUUGAGAUUGUAUUCGCAAGCAAAGGAUACGCACCCGUUGACAUCGAUCACGACGUCGAUGGGUUCGGCACAAUCACGGUCAACUACGGUACUGAUAUCCCCAACCUCGACAAGCUCGAUGGACAGAAGAGAUAUUUGUACGGGCCUGGGUCGAUCCUCGUCGCUCAUUCGGACCACGAAGCCAUCAGGCUCAGCGAUCUGGAGACUGCAGUGCAGGAUUACGAAAAGCUAAUCCUGCAUAGCUUGUCAUAG